GUUAUUAAUUAUUGAGUCGUAAGCCCGGACAAGUCCUCUCUUAAACAUACUACGAGUACAUAUUUAGAUGCAAAUACAUAUCUCCAAUGCAGCUAAAGCAUAAAUUGCAAACAUAUCUUCAUUUUUAAAAACAUAAACAGUUAUAAGCGCAACAGUGAAUACUCAAAAAAGUAGCAGUUUAAGUGUUAAAAAACGAUCUACAACCAAUUAAAUAUUUAUUUAUAAACAAAGAACUCAGCACAACAACAAAAUGCGACUGUUAAUAUUCAUUUUAGCCUGUUUGGCACCCUACAUUAAUGCAUAUCAUGUGUCAGCCGCCACAGCGGGCGUGUCCUUCAUGAAUGAAAACUAUCUGGACCAUCGUGUGUCACAAGCGUUCAACACACAGAAUGCAGGUUCGAAGGCAUUGAGCAAUCGGCGCAUGUACGGCAUGUGUCCGCCACACUUCCAACGUGUCGGCUCCGAAUGCUAUUCGCUGCUGCCACAGGCCAGCAGCUGGCUGGAGGCGCAUUUCUUCUGCAAAGACAAGAAUGCGAAAUUGGCAGAACCACAGUAUAGAGCCGAUCGGAAAUUGCGCGUUUUCCUCAAAAAAUACGAUGCACAGCGUGAAUUAACUGGUCCCAUUUGGAUUGGCGCCACCUACGAUUGGCAGAGUAAUGUGUGGCAGUGGAGCAUUAGCGGCAAGAAUUUAACAUAUGACUCCUUCAGUCGCAUGGAACCUGAGAUCAGACAGAACCUGGAAAAUCAUUGUGCUGUGUAUGACCCAAAUCUAGAUUACAGAUGGUCUGCUCGCCCCUGUCCGGAAAGAUUCCGUUUUAUCUGUCAACAUAAAAUGCCAAAAGUCAGCGAGAAGAAUCGUGGCAAGGUGUAUACGCGUUGGAAUGCCACCUAUCCCAAUGAGUAUGCGAACGAAGUCAUAUUGGAAGUGAUGGAUCAGCCGGCCAAAAAUGGACGCAGAUCCAAUGUCAUCGUAAAGGCUGACGGCAGUGACGAACAGAUCGUACUUCCGAAGUCACGCGGCAGAGCCGGACACAAUCGCGGACGCACAGGACGUCGUCCAAACCGACCAACCACAAUCCAUCCGAACGAUAUCGAUGCACAAGCGACUUCGAACUCGCCAACAACCUUGGUACAUUACAACGAAAUACCGGUGCCGGUUACAGCAACACCCAAUCGGGCGCGAACCGGCCAAAAGCAAAUGCCGCAUGAUCGUGUCGUAUGGCGACAACGGCAAAAGGAGAAGCGUCGCAUGGAACGCAAGAAACAGCGCGCGCAGCAAAUGCAGAAGGAGAAGGAACGCGAAUGGAAGGAACAACGGAUGCGCAUACUGGCAAAUCAAGAGCGUGAACGACAACGUCACCUGCGGGAACAAGAACAACAAGACCAACAACCGAAAUCAUACGAACAAACCGAACAACCGCGACGGGAACUGGAUGAGCUGCGGCAACGUGAAGCCAUCGAUCUGGAACGUCAACGUCAGCAGCAGUUGGCCGAAGCCGAAGAAAAACGACGCGAAUAUGAAAGUCGACAUCAAGAAUUGGAAGCGAUGAAGAAGAAACUUGCCGAAGAGAAGAAGGAACGCGACGACGAAUAUACUAGCGCGGAGCGCAUACGACAGGAGCGUAUAGAUCGACAGAGAGAACGCGAAGAAAAGGAGCGCAAGGAACGUGAAGAGCAAAUGAAAAAAGAGCAGGAAGAACGCGCCAAAGAAGAAGCUAAACGUGAACAAGAACGACUGGAGAUGGAGAAGCGACAGCUCGAGGAAUAUGAAGAACGUUUGAAGCAAGCGCGCGAUGAACGUGAACGCCAACUGCACGAACAGCAGGAACGUAAGCGCCAAGAGGACUUGGCCAACCGACGACGUUUGGAGGAAGAAGAGAAGCAGCGGCAAGAAGAUAUUAAACGACAAUUGGAGGAAGAAGAAAAGCGCUUGAAACUGGAACAGCUAGAAGACGCACGCAAGCUGGAGCGACAGGAACUCGAACGACUUGCGGAAGAAAAUCGACGACGCGAAGAGAAGCUACGCCAGCGGCAGGAAGAGAUCGCCCGGCGCGAAGAGGAACAGCGUAAAAUAGAAGAAGAAGAGGAACGCAUAAAGAAGGAACUGGAGGAGGCGGAAGAACGACGCAAAGCGGAACACGAAGCGCAAAUCAAACUGGAGGAAGAAGCGCUUAAGGCGCGUGCCGAAGCGGAACAAAAAGCUGCCGAGGAGGAGAAACGUAAACGUCUAGAGCGUUUCGAUGCAUUGAAAAAGCAAGACGACGAACGCCUGCGCCAAGAGGAGAAAGAGAAGAAGCGCAAAUAUGCAGAGCGUUUGUCACGCCUACCGCCGGAAGAUCAACGCAAAUUCUUUGAGAUGCGCAAACGACGAAAGGCCAAGAAGACACAGGAAUUGCUGCAACAAAAACAGACAGCCAAUGGCGGCAACGAGGCAUAUGAGAAAGAGUAGAGGAGAGGCGGGGUAGAAAUUCAACAAAUCAAAUUGGAUAUUAGAAUUUAACGGAAUAUAACGGUUGAGUGGUAAAACAUAUGUUUUGUUUUUUUUUUUUUUGGUAAGACACUCAAAGCUCCACCAAUCAGUCGACUGUAUUUAUAUUUGUUUUGCUUGAUCCCCGCAACUUCAUGCGAAAUAUUAUUUAAUUAAAAUAAGUCAUAAGCAUAAAUAUUUUUUUUAUAAAUUUAAGUCGUUGCUGCCAUUAAUUCACUUCAAUAGGUGUACUUGUAAACGCUCAAUAUUGUUUUUUAGCUCCUUACAAGUUUGCCAUUUUAUAUUUUCACAUACACAUAGGUAACAUAUGCAUACAUACAUAUGUGUGUGCGUGAGUGUAUAAAUAUGAAAUUGAAAAAAAUAACUGAAAAUUGGUUUAAACAAAAUUAUCGCUAAGGCACUUUAUAGUAUUAGCUUUAGUAGCACACGAGCGGCGCUCCAGUGACUUCGUCUACUGCUCAGCAGCUGUGCUAGCUACGCUCGAUUGUAAAUUAUUAUUAAUUUAUAAGUGGACAACAGGCAGCCGAAGAGGAUUAAAAAAAUUAAAGAAAUAAUUGAAAAUGAAUAAAAUAAAGAAAAAUAGCAGAAACCGUUUUGUUUGUAUAAACAUACAUAUGUAUAUGUAUAAAUAGCAGCACGUAUGUGUCUGUUGUAAAGUGGAAAAAGAGUUUUAUCGCAAUGUAACUGUAGUUUAUAAACAAUUAUAAUUAUAUAAAAGCAAUAGACUUAACCACACUUUAUUGUUAAAGUUAUGUGAAAGCACAUUUAAAAAUUAUAAACUGUUUAAUUGAAUUAAAUUAAAAUUAAAUUUAAAAUAUUUAAAAAAAAAAUUUUAAAAGUUGUUGAAAAUUAAAUUUAAACAAUUUUAAACUAAAUUUUAAUUAAUUCUUUAGUUUUGAAAAAUUUUAAGAUCAAUUUAUUUAAUAAUUAAAAAUUUCAAAAAAACUUUUAAUAACUUUUUUAAUUUAAAAUUAUGUUUUAAUAAAAUAUAUUAAAUUUUAAAUUUUAAUUUUUACUAAUUUAAUAUUAAUUUUUUUAUUAUUAAAAAUUUUAAAUUUUUAUUAAUUAACAGAGUUUAUAUUGUAUGAAACUUUUUAAUUUUUAAAAAUUUAAAAUUAUUUUUGACAAUUUAAUUAAUUUUUUACUUUUUAAUAUUUAUUUUUUUUUUAUUUUUCAAAAUUUUAAUAAAAUUUUUAUUAUUACUUUAAUUUUUAAUAACAUAAACUGAAUUUAUUUUAAUUUUUUGAGAUUUAAAAAUUUUUUUUGUUAUUGCUCAACUUUUAAAUAUAUAAAAAAAUUAAUUUUAAAAAAUUUUAAAUUGAUUUUUUGUUAAUUUUCAAAUUCUAAAUAUUUAAAAAGAAAAUUGUAUUUUAAAAAUUUAAAAAUAAAUUUUCAUUAACCAACUUUAGCCCUAAAAGUCUUAAAUAAUACUUUAAAGCAAUUUUACAUACAAACAAAAUACAUAAAUCAUUAAGAAAUUGUAAAAAAGGAACAACAAAUAAAGCAGAAAUAAAAAACUAUAUGCAACAGCAAAGAUUUAUAGCAAAAGGAACAGUAAUAUCAAAAUUUUUAAAGCAAAAACAUUUCGUUACAAAGCUAAAUAAAAAUUCACAAAAAUGUUAAGCAUAUUAAAUGAGUCUAAAAAUCACUUAAUAUAAGACACUUUUUCCGCACAAAAAAAAUAAAAUAUAUUAUAAGUAUAAGAAAAAUUAUAUAUAAACUAAUUUAAAACAUAUUUAGCGCUAAAAAUAUACUUUUUGAAGCUCUAACUUCAUAAAAAAUAUAUAAACUACUAAUAUAAGCCUUUUGUAUUUUUAAUUUUAAAACAAUAAAAUUAUAAAAAUGUUGUUUAAAUAAGUUAAAUAAACACUACAAGUUACAACUUGCUCUUAACAAAUAUUAAAUUGAUUUUUAAUUUUCAUUGUUAAUAAAAAGCAACUUUAAACCAUAUUAAAACAAUUUUUUUUUUUAACUUUUUUGUUUUUUGAAAAUUUAACAACUUGUUGUAAACGAUUUCGUAUGCAAUCGUCUCUUACAAUAGAAAUAUUUGUACAUAAAAGCAUAUAGUAUACACAAAUACAUAUGUAUAUAUAAGUACAUGAAACAAAGUACAUACAAUUCAUGCUUAUGUAAACCGAUUCGAAAUGUGCAAGAAAACUAAAUGCAAUUUUCAUCUAAUUAUUACCUCACAGUAUGUUUUUCGUCUUGAUAUUGUAGUAUAAACGAGUAUAUGAAUAAAUGAAAACGAGCACAUAAUGAAAA